AGGCUUGGAUUUUGUGUUUAUUUACUUAUUUCUUUAUGAGAAAGGGUCUCACUCUGUUGCCCAGGCUGGCACGAUCUCGGCUCACUGCAACCUCCCGAGUUCAAGUGAUUCUCCCACCUCAGCCUCUUGAGUAGCUGGGAUUACAGGUUUGCGCCACCACGCCCAGCUAAUUUUUGUAUUUGUAUUGGUAAUUUUUUUGGGACGGAUCUCGCUCUGUCACUCAGGCUGGAGUGCAGUGGUGCAAUCUCGGCUCACUGCAACCUCCACCUCCCAGGUUCAAGCAAUUCUCCUGCCUCAGCCAACUGAGUAGCUGGGAUUACAGGCACGUGCCACCCUGCCCGGCAAAUUUUUGUAUUUUUAGUAGAGACGGGGUUUCACCAUGUUGGCCGGGCUGGUAUCGAACUCCUGACUUCAGGUGAUCCGCCGGCGUCAGCCUCCCAAAGUGCUGGGAUUAAAGGGGUGAGCCACCCCGCCCGAUAGGCUUGGACUUUGUUAAAGGCAUACAGAAUAACACGAAGUGGUGAGAUGCAGAAAAAAGUAGUAAUUUAAGAAAACUUGGCUUGCCACGUUGGUUCCUCUAGGGACCAGCCCUGCAACUCUGGGCAAGUCCUAUCCCCUCUGACCUGAGGCAAAGUGAAACAGUGAUGACAUCUACCUCUAGCAGUGCUGUGACGAUUAAAUGCGAUCUUAGGGAAAGCGCCUGGUAUGUGCCGUUACUCAAAAAAAUGUCAGUUGUCCCUCUUCGCUCUGGCCCCAUCCUCCUCAUCUGCAAAUGCGGGGAGGCCAGGCCAUUCUCGCAGGUCGCUCCGGGAGCCGGCUGAGCAGUGGGAGGGGAAGCGGUAGGAGAGAAGGGCGCCAGCCAGUCGUCCCGGCACCGUGGCGGUUCGGCUACCGCUCAGCCACGCGGGGGCGCGCUAGACUGCUCCUCGUGCUCUAUGGUGUUGCCUUCGCCCCGGAAGUAGUUGCGCAGCUGGGGUUGGUAAGGUCGGGCCAUGGUGGGGCAGAGGUUGGGAAGAUGGCGUGGCGAGGCUGGGCGCAGAGAGGCUGGGGCUGCGGCCAGGCGUGGGCUGCGUCGGUGGGCGGCCGCAGCUGCGAGGAGCUCACUGCGGCCCUAACCCCGCCGCGGCUCCUCGGACGCAGGUUUAACUUCUUUAUUCAACAAAAAUGCGGAUUCAGAAAAGCACCCAGGAAGGUUGAACCUCGAAGAUCAGACACAGGGACAAGUGGUGAAGCAUACAAGAGAAGUGCUUUGAUUCCUCCUGUGGAAGAAACAGUUUUUUAUCCUUCUCCCUAUCCUAUAAGGAGUCUCAUAAAACCUUUAUUUUUUACUGUUGGGUUUACAGGCUGUGCAUUUGGAUCAGCUGCUAUUUGGCAAUAUGAAUCACUGAAAUCCAGGGUCCAGAGUUAUUUUGAUGGUAUAAAAGCUGAUUGGUUGGAUAGCAUAAGACCACAAAAAGAAGGAGACUUCAGAAAGGAGAUUAACAAGUGGUGGAAUAACCUAAGUGAUGGCCAGCGGACUGUGACAGGUAUUAUAGCUGCAAAUGUCCUUGUAUUCUGUUUAUGGAGAGUACCUUCUCUGCAGCGGACAAUGAUCAGAUAUUUCACAUCGAAUCCAGCCUCAAAGGUCCUUUGUUCUCCAAUGUUGCUGUCAACAUUCAGUCAUUUCUCCUUAUUUCACAUGGCAGCAAAUAUGUAUGUUUUGUGGAGCUUCUCUUCCAGCAUAGUGAACAUUCUGGGUCAAGAGCAGUUCAUGGCAGUGUACCUAUCUGCAGGUGUUAUUUCCAAUUUUGUCAGUUACGUGGGUAAAGUUGCCACAGGAAGAUAUGGACCAUCACUUGGUGCAUCUGGCGCCAUCAUGACAGUCCUCGCAGCUGUCUGCACUAAGAUCCCAGAAGGGAGGCUUGCCAUUAUUUUCCUUCCGAUGUUCACGUUCACAGCAGGGAAUGCCCUGAAAGCCAUUAUCGCCAUGGAUACAGCAGGAAUGAUCCUGGGAUGGAAAUUCUUUGAUCAUGCGGCACAUCUUGGGGGAGCUCUUUUUGGAAUACUUUCCUGCCCUCCUCUCCCCUGCCUGGUGUCCCACCCUGCUACCCCGACCUCUGUCUCACCAGUGCUACGCAGACAUGCUGAGUUGGCGGAGCCAUUACUCUGUAUGACUGGAGUAGAGGCCGGUGACUGCGAACCAAUGUGGACCACUUAGUACCUGCUGUAUGCAGGCACCAAGCUAGUUCCCUUAUGUUAUACUAUUACUACUCCCAUUUUACUGAUGGGAAACUGAGGCUCAGACAUCAUCUUCCCCAGGCCAAACAGCUCUUCAAUAGCAGAGCAGAGCUGUAAACCCACCUCUGUAAGCCCUUUCCACCCCCACCACACCAUAUGGAAUUGGUUGCUAAACUGCUUCCUUGGGUCACAGCAAAUGGCAUUGUGGCUACAAGACAAGACUUUCCACGUGUGCUUCAGACAAUGGGGUUUUGCCUAGACUAGUAGUUAGUAGCAACUCUAUCACGGAAACACCGUCAGGACUCUUGACGUCCAUGUGACUGUGGGAGACCCUUCAGCAUGAGUCUGUUGAGCUGGAUCCCCUUGGGGCCUGUCUUUUCUUACAUAAAUGUUGCCUUUUGCCCUUA